AUGACUGACGAGAUUCGUGACGUGAUUCCACAAGCAAGGGCUUUGGUUCAAACUCAACAAGCAGACAUUGCGCUCUCGUUACUUGAGCCCCUUGUUGAUGCCAAUAGUGAAAAUGUUCCAUUUCUUUCAGUGUAUGCUGAAGCACUUAUGGAAGCAGACCGAUUAGAGAAUGCUUAUGAAGUGCUUCAACGAGCCUGUGAAUUAGAUCCCGACGCCCUUGAAGGCUCAGAUAAGUUUCUUUAUUUGGGCCAAAUCAUUGGGGGCCAGGAUGGGAUAAUAUUUCUUGAUAAAGGGUUAAAUCGAUUAGCUAGUGAGAAUGAAACAGCCAACGGGAAUGAUCCGUUGAUAAUCAGGAAAAUGAACCAAGCAAUCUUCCAUAAGAUAGAGAUCUGGAUGACGGAUUUGUGUAUGGAACCAGAAGCUGAAACUCAAUGUGAUUCGCUUAUAACAUAUGCCUUACAAUUAGAUGGAUCAAAUGGUGAGGCUCAUUCAUUGCUUGCAUCUAUUCGUAUUAGUCAACAACGUCCUGAAGAAGCCAAGCAAGCUCUAGAACAAGCAUGGCACUUAUUUGAGUUAAGAAAGAAUCACCUACAAUCAUUGGCCAAUAAUAAUAACACUAGUGUCAAUGAUAAUGCAAAUGAUGCGUUUGAUUCUUCACUUGAAUACAUUGAACUUCUUCAGCCAUUAACCACCUUAACUCAAUAUGCGAUCGAACUAGAACUUUACGACACAGCCAUAACCAUAAUCUCCACUGCCCAAGACAUUGACGAGAACGUUUUGACUUUGUACUAUUUGGAAGCUUUAGCCCAUCUAUUAGCAGCUAAGAAAGCAGCAGCUGCAGCAGUACCAUCCACAAAAGACUACCGCGACAUCACCAUUGACCAGUUAAAAGCAUCAACUGAUCCUCUGAUUAUCGGUAGUCUCCAAGACAUACGUUCCAGUUUGACCCAAGCAUAUAGAAUCAUUAACUCAAGUAAUGAAGAAGGAGAAUUGGAUCCUGAAGUGGUGGACCAAGUGGACCAAUGGCUCCAGCAACUUGGAGGUCCAAUAAUGAGUGAGUUGAUGCCUCCAAGAGAUAAAGACGACUACGAAGGCUGGGAAGAAGAAAUCGUCAGUGACGAUGAUAAUAGUUAG